AUGUCAACAUCAGAGAACACAACAACUGCUAUCGUUCAUGAAGCCAUAAAUGAAGAAUAUGAGUACAUACAGUUUAACAAACAACUCCGUCUCAUUCGUUCGGUCAAAGACGAUAUGUACCAAAUGCAAAGUAUUUUGAAUGCUCUUCGUUCUACAAAGCAAGCACAUCAUUGGUUUGAAAACCAACAGACAAAAGAACUUUUAGAAGAAUUUCCUCAUAUGUUUGCGACCCGAGGAAAACCGCGGGUCGAGAUUCCGUACGAAAAUCGUAAAAAUUUGCUAAAUGGUUUGAGAGGCUGGUAUGUACAUAGACUUCUUGUAAAUGCUGUUGCAAUGUGGGCUUCACCUCGUUACGCUUGUUAUAUUUUCAUGAUGUUAGAUGAAAUUCAUAGACAAGAACGUGAAGAGCUAGAGAACAAGCUUGAAGCAAAAGACAAAAGCAUUCAGAAAAGAAUACCACGUUCGGUACCAAAAGGAAAGGAAAAGAACUAUAAGUAUAUGAUUUAUACUGAAGAGAUGGAAAAUGAAGAAGACAGAGAUAUGGUUAUGUUGCAUUUAGUCAGAAGAAACAACAAAAGCUUUUACGACCUUGCUAAGAUUUACAAAUCU